UGCCGCCAUUUUAAGAUACGGGGAUGGUGGAUGAGCGUGAGUGGAAUGACGUAGAAAUAAGAUUUUCUUAAAAAAUACAGAUAUUUGCGGAUACUUGUUAAAUAUACAAAAAGAAGAAGUUGAACUUUUUUGUGUCAAACUUAGUCGGAAUUUCUCACUGGAACAGGUCCGCUUACUUCCGAGACGAUGCCUGCCGGGCCCGUUUCCAUCGUCCAGCCGGAGCCCAAUAACAAGGUUGAAGAUGGAAAAGAUGAAACUCCAGCAGCAAAACCUAUCGUGGGUAUCAUCUAUCCUCCACCUGAGGUCCGAAAUAUUGUUGAUAAGACUGCCAGCUUUGUGGCCAGAAAUGGGCCAGAGUUUGAGGCCAGAAUCCGACAGAAUGAGAUCAAUAACCCCAAGUUUAACUUUCUGAAUCCAAAUGACCCCUACCAUGCUUACUACCGGCACAAGGUCAAUGAGUUCAAGGAAGGCAAAGCACAGGAACCUUCUGCUGUUGUGCCAAAGGUUAUGCAGCAACAAGUUAUGCAGCAAAUUCCUCAGCAGCAACUACCACAGAAGGUUCAAGCACAAGUGAUCCACGAGACAGUGGUACCAAAAGAGCCUCCUCCUGAUUAUGAGUUCAUUGCAGAUCCCCCCUCUAUUUCAGCCUUUGACCUAGAUGUUGUCAAACUCACUGCCCAGUUUGUGGCCCGUAAUGGCCGUCAGUUUCUUACACAGCUAAUGCAGAAGGAGCAGCGGAAUUAUCAGUUUGAUUUCCUCCGGCCACAACACAGCCUGUUCAACUACUUCACUAAGCUGGUGGAGCAAUACACAAAGAUUUUAAUUCCUCCAAAGGGGCUACUGCAGAAAAUGAAGAAGGAAGCUGAAAAUCCCCGUGAGGUUCUUGAUCAGGUAAGGUAUAGAGUGGAGUGGGCCAAGUAUCAGGAACGUGAGAGGAAGAAGGAAGAGGAAGAAAGAGAAAAAGAACGUGUGGCAUAUGCGCAGAUUGACUGGCACGACUUUGUUGUUGUGGAGACGGUGGAUUUUCAACCCAAUGAGCAAGGUCAUUUCCCUCCACCGACAACCCCAGAAGAGCUUGGUGCUAGAAUCCUUAUACAAGAGCGAUAUGAGAAAUUUGGUGAGAGUGAGGAAGUUGAAAUGGAAGUGGAGUCUGAAUCGGAUGAUGAAGAUACUCCUAAUAAAGAGGAGCCAACAUCUGCUCAGCCUGAUCAGGACACCCAAGUCCAAGAUAUGGAUGAGGGCUCCGAUGAUGAGGAGGAUGGCAUGAAGGCCCCACCACCACCUGAAAACCCAAUGCCCCCGCCACUUCCACCUACUCCUGACCAAGUAAUCAUUCGCAAGGACUAUGACCCUAAAGCCUCCAAACCUCCGACUGUCACAAGCACCCCAGAUGAAUACCUCAUUUCUCCUAUCACUGGAGAAAAGAUUCCCGCCAGCAAGAUGCAAGAGCAUAUGCGUAUUGGACUCCUGGAUCCACGAUGGCUGGAGCAACGAGACCGUGUCAUUCGUGAGCGGCAGAUUGAAGACGAAGUGUACGCUCCUGGUCUGGACAUCCAGAGCAGCUUGAAGCAGUUAGCUGAAAGGCGUACCGAUAUCUUUGGUGUGGAGGAAACUGCAAUUGGUAAAAAGAUUGGAGAGGAGGAGAUACAGAAACCAGAAGAGAAGGUCACAUGGGAUGGUCACUCAGGCAGCAUGGCACGUACACAGCAAGCAGCCCAGGCCAAUAUCACACUUCAGGAGCAGAUUGAGGCCAUCCACAAAGCCAAAGGACUGGUACCAGAGGAUGAUACCAAAGAGAAAAUUGGGCCAAGCAAACCUGCUGAUCUUCCACCUCCACCUAUUCCCUCCUCUGCCCCUAGUAUACCCACUUCUGCACCUCCUAUCACAUCUGUCCCUCAUCCUCCUGUGAUGCCUCCUCCUCCUCCAAUUAGGACCACUCUUGUUCCUGCAGUCCCAGUAAUCCCACGGCCACAAAUAGCACCCGUGGUGCGCUUAGCACCUGGUCAGGUCAUUACUUCCAUGCCUCCCAUGAUUCACCCACCACGUAUCAAUGUGGUGCCUAUGCCUCCUACUGCACCUCACCUCAUGCCACCAAGGCCUCCUCCAAUGGUUGUUCCAGCUGCUUUUGUCCCAGCUCCUCCAGUGCCUCAGCCUCCUGUCUCUGCUCCAGCACCCAUGCCACCCUCUCAUCCUCCUCCCCCAAUGGAAGAUGAGCCCACAAGUAAGAAGAUGAAGACUGAAGACAGCCUAAUACCAGAAGAGGAAUUCCUUCUGAGAAACAAGGCUCCUGUGACUGUAAAGGUACAAGUCCCAAAUAUGCAGGACAAGACAGAAUGGAAGUUGAAUGGACAAGUCCUCAAUUUCACCCUGCCCCUCACAGAUCAGGUAUCCGUAAUAAAGGUUAAGAUACAUGAAGCUACAGGGAUGCCUGCUGGAAAACAGAAACUGCAGUAUGAGGGCAUUUUCAUCAAGGAUUCAAAUUCUUUGGCCUAUUAUAACAUGAACAGUGGCUCAAUUAUCCACCUUGCCCUGAAGGAGAGAGGUGGCAGGAAGAAGUAAAUGGCGGUACAGCCACACCUGGUGGAAGGUUUUGACGUAACAUGAGUUGGAUAGUUGACGGCACACCGUAAGAGAUAUUGAGAGAAAUGAGGCAUUUAAUUUAUUCACAAAUGUCACAGACCUGGGAAAAACAAAUUCAUGUUCAGUUCAACGUUUAAUAUGUUGAAAAGUGGAGUUCCUGUUUAAGUUUAUCUUGUAAAUUCAAGCUUUUUCCCCACCAUUUGUGUAUAAAGCAUUUGAAGUAAUUUUUCACAAAGAUUUUUCACAAAGCACUGAAGCAUUAGUGUUGUUCAUAUAAACCUGAGCCAUUCUGCAAGUAAAUGGCCUUAAAUGAGUAAGGAUCGGUUGGGUCCCCAGACUGGUGUUACCAGAGCAGUACGUUUUUGUUGAAUCAUGGUUUCUUAGACUUGUUUUAUUGUAAGUGCCAGAGGCUGAGUGGUGCAUGUUCUUUCAAAAUGCAUCCAUAUUGCCUAUCCUGAAAUUCUAUAAUAUGCUUAAUUCGGGAAUGUCAAAUAAAAGAAGUUAUUUUA